CAUCUUUGCACCCAGAACGAGUGUACAGAGUGUACAGGAUAUUCCAGCAUAUACUGAAAACUGCUAGAAAUGGAUAACCCGUCUUACACAAGGGUUGGUGGAGACCAAAUAAUUCCCACAACUGCUGACGAAACCACUCCCACAGCGACUGAGGAAACCACUCCCACAACGACUGAAGAAACCACUCCCACAACGACUGACGAAACCACUCCCACAACGGCUGAUGAAACCAACAGAGUUCUAACAGCUGUAGACGAAACCGAAGCGGAAGUCGAGAAGCAAGUGUCACAUUCAAAAGUGGCUCUAGACGGAUGGGUCAAUACGAAAACCAAUGACGCCAUGGCCUUUCCGUCGAAUGAUGAAUCGAUGACGUCACAUGUCAUACAAGUGAAUGGAAAAGAAGCAAAGAGCAGUCCAACGAAUCCGACAGAAGGGAAAUACUCCAUGACAGGCAGUAAUGUAUCCAGCCCUGCUGCAGAUUCACCGAUGGAGGCUGAGGACAUUCUUUGCCUGCUGGGAAAAUGUGGAAAUUAUCAGGCACUUGUGUUCUUCCUUGUCAGUAUGGUCUGUAUGCGCGGAGUUUGGCACUUGUUUGGCCCAAUCUUCCUGGGUGCAGAUCCGGGUCAUCACUGUUACAUCCCGGAAAACAUGACAUUUGCCACAAACCUCAGCCUCGUAAACGACAGCGCCCCCUGGAGGCAGCAGGAGGCAGAUCAGUGUCGCAUGCCAGUCCCGGGAGAAGUGAACUCCACUCAACCGUGUCAGUAUGGAUGGGUGUAUGGAGACACUUUCUCUUCUACGUUCCUAACUCAGUGGGAUUUUGUCUGUGACCGGGUGUACCUCGUAGAUCUUAGUUCGUCUCUCUUCAUGGCCGGCAUGAUCAUUGGUUCCUUGUUCAUCAGCCCACUUGCUGACAAAUUUGGCCGGAAGAAGAUCCUCCUGGGAGCAUUAUGGAUACAAGGUGCCCUCGGUGUCGGAGCUGCGUUUGUGAAUAACUACAUUGUGUUUAUGGUGAUCAGGUUUUUUCUGGGAGCGCUAAAUCAGACUAUUGGAUUAGUCGCUUAUGUAAUGGUCCCAGAGGCUUUUCCCUCUUCCAGCCGCACGAUGCCUUACAUCGCUCUCUUCCUGUUUUGGGCUUUCGGAAUUAUGGUUCUGGCGUUGCUAGGAUACCUAAUCCGUGACUGGACACAUCUGGAGCUGGCCAUAUCCAUCCCUAACUUUCUUACCUUGGUGUAUUACUGGAUUUUACCAGAAUCUUUACCUUGGCUGAUGGCAAAGCAGAGGUAUAAGGAAGCCGAAGUCGUCAUCAGGAAAGCGGCGAGGCUGAACAGAGUAACUCUGCCACCUGAGAUUAUGAAUCUGUCCUCUUUCCACAGUUCCAUGAAACUGAUCAAAGGCGAUCAAAAGAAAGUCAAAACAAACACUGAGAAAAACCAGAAUGGCCCUUUAAAGACUGUAGUUCCAGAUGUGGACUCUGAUAAUACACAGACUGUGAAACCUUCCAAAUUUCACAACCACUCAGAAUCUGAAGAGAGUGGUAAAGGGUUAACAAAUGGAGCUUGGACUGAUCAGAGAGGGUUUGGUGGUAAAGGGUUAACAAAUGGAGCUUGGACUGACAGAAACAACUCAGGUGCUCCAGUUUUGACUAACUAUCACACCGUGUCAGAUCCUGAUGUUGUAGCAACCCCUCCAGGGGGUGUGCUUACUCCGGAUGUGAGACCCCCACGCUCCUACACGGUGAUAGACUUAUUCCGGACGCCACGCAUAAGGAUAUAUUCUCUUAUUACCUUCUAUUUAUGGCUUGUCAAUAGUUUGAGUUACUUUGGGAUCAGCUUUUCAGUGCCCACACUACAUGGGGACAUCUUUCUCAACCUGUUCAUCAGUGGACUUGUGGAAAUCCCCGCCUAUCUCAUUUGUAUGGGGACUGUUGAAUGCCUCGGAAGACGACGCCCACUCUGCGUGUUUAUGUUGGUCUGCGGCUGUGCCAGUAUUAUUGCCAUUUUCAUACCCACCUCAACAGAUUCAGGUGCGGAUCUUACCUGGUUAAAAACAACAUUGGCAAUGAUCAGCAAAUUUGGCAUCACAGGAUCUUAUGUGACCGUCUACCUGUUUUGCCUGGAGAUCUUUCCCACUGUGGUCAGGAACCUUGGCAUAGGCAUUGCUUCAGCCUUUGAAACUGCUGGUGCUGUGGCAGCCCCAUUCAUUGCCUCCAGCGCAAAGACCAUCCCCCGACUUCCACUUACAGUGUUCGGGGUGCUGACAAUAAUAGGUGGGGUGUUGUGCCUAGUCUUACCAGAGACGCAUCGUAAACCCCUUCCUGAAACCAUUGAGGAAGUCGAAGGCUGGGAUAGGAAAGCCGGACGGAUAGAUCAAGGGGAACAACUCUGAGCAGACUUCCUUCUGGAUUGGUUGGAGAGUAACCUCCCUUUGUGCAUGUUGAUAUCCGUAAUGCAGCAUCAGCGUGAUGUUUCUAUGCAGUAAAGAUCUCUUGCACGAUCAGCUGACAUGGGUUAAGGUAUCGCUAUCCAUAUACCGUUGCCUACUUUAACUGACAUCAAUGGGAAUUGAAAAAUGGGAAACCCAACCCCCCUCCCCACGUUAUUGAUUUUCUGAAUGUAUUUUUGCAAUAAGUUAUAUUUUAGCUACAAUAGUAAGGUUAAACUUUUGCCAUAUAGAAUGUCAGGGGCAUUCUUUGUUGUUGUUGUUCAGUUUGUUUG